GGAGGGGCCGGGCGGGGGGCUGGCGGCAGCGGCGGAUGGACUCGCGGGUAUCGGAGCUGUUCGGCGGCUGCUGCCGGCCCGGAGGAGGCCCGGCCGUGGGCGGAACCCUUAAGGCAAGGGGGGCCGGCGGCAGCAGCGGCUGCGGGGGCCCGAAGGGGAAAAAGAAGAACGGAAGGAACAGAGGAGGCAAAGCCAACAACCCUCCGUACCUGCCCCCCGAGGCUGAAGAUGGAAACAUCGAAUAUAAACUGAAGCUGGUGAAUCCAUCCCAGUACCGCUUUGAGCACCUGGUGACACAGAUGAAGUGGCGGCUCCAGGAGGGCCGCGGUGAGGCUGUCUACCAGAUUGGGGUAGAGGACAAUGGGCUGCUGGUGGGGCUGGCCGAGGAGGAGAUGCGGGCAUCCCUCAAGACCCUACACCGGAUGGCAGAGAAGGUCGGGGCAGACAUCACUGUUCUCCGGGAGCGAGAAGUGGAUUAUGACAGCGACAUGCCCCGGAAGAUUACCGAGGUGCUGGUACGAAAGGUCCCUGACAACCAACAGUUCCUAGACCUCCGUGUGGCCGUCCUGGGCAAUGUGGACUCAGGGAAGUCGACUCUGCUUGGAGUCCUGACCCAGGGAGAGCUGGACAAUGGGCGGGGCCGGGCUCGACUCAACCUUUUCCGCCACCUGCAUGAGAUUCAGUCUGGCCGAACCUCCAGCAUCAGCUUCGAGAUCCUGGGCUUUAACAGCAAGGGAGAGGUGGUGAAUUACAGUGACUCACGGACGGCAGAAGAGAUCUGUGAAAGCAGCUCCAAGAUGAUCACCUUCAUCGACCUGGCAGGCCACCACAAGUACCUACACACCACCAUCUUUGGCCUCACCUCAUACUGCCCUGACUGCGCCCUGCUCCUCGUCAGUGCUAACACUGGGAUUGCUGGCACCACAAGGGAACAUCUGGGGCUAGCCCUGGCCCUGAAAGUGCCCUUCUUCAUCGUGGUCAGCAAGGUGGACCUGUGUGCCAAGACCACAGUGGAGAGGACGGUACGACAGCUAGAGCGGGUCCUCAAGCAGCCUGGCUGCCACAAGGUCCCCAUGCUGGUCACCUCCGAGGAUGAUGCUGUCACGGCUGCCCAACAGUUUGCCCAGUCACCCAAUGUCACUCCUAUCUUCACACUGUCCAGCGUGUCUGGAGAGAGUCUGGACCUGCUCAAAGUCUUUCUGAAUAUCUUGCCACCACUUACCAACAGCAAGGAGCAGGAGGAACUCAUGCAGCAGCUGACAGAGUUUCAGGUGGAUGAAAUCUACACAGUACCAGAGGUGGGGACUGUUGUUGGAGGAACACUUUCCAGUGGGAUUUGCCGUGAGGGAGACCAGCUGGUAGUGGGCCCCACGGACGAUGGCUGCUUCCUGGAGCUGAGAGUAUGCAGCAUCCAACGCAACCGCUCUGCCUGUCGUGUGCUGCGAGCUGGUCAGGCUGCUACGUUGGCCCUCGGGGACUUUGACCGUGCACUUCUUCGCAAGGGCAUGGUGAUGGUGAGCCCCGAGAUGAAUCCCACCAUCUGCUCAGUGUUCGAGGCAGAGAUAGUUCUACUGUUCCAUGCCACCACGUUCCGGCGAGGCUUCCAGGUGACAGUACAUGUGGGCAACGUACGUCAGACAGCAGUGGUGGAAAAGAUCCAUGCCAAGGACAAGCUGCGGACAGGGGAGAAGGCAGUGGUACGUUUCCGCUUCCUGAAACACCCAGAGUACCUGAAGGUGGGCGCCAAGCUGCUGUUCCGGGAGGGUGUCACCAAGGGCAUCGGCCAUGUCACUGAUGUGCAAGCCAUUGCAGCAGGAGAGGCCCAGGCCAACAUGGGCUUCUGAACUCCUCCAGGCAGGCACAGCUCUACUGCCGUCCCCACAAUAUAUAAGGUGACUUUUGGCCAUGCUGCCCCCGCUGUUGGCGGCUCUGUGUGUUAAUAGGCUAGGGAGAGACCGGUGCUCUCUGCCCCUUGCUCCCUGCCACCUUUCUGGAGAGGUGCCAAGCUUGUUGUGGCCAGGGAGGGGCAGUCCUGAGGUUCUCAAGAAGACAGGAGAAUUCAGGGCAGUGCUCAGCAGCUUUGUGUCCACCUGGUUGGCUCAUCAACCCUGGGAACUCCACGGCCUGUCUACCGGAGGGAGCUGACCACCACCACCUUGGCCCCACUGUCUGGACUGGGCAUGAUCCGCCUGUGUGGUCCCUGCACUUCAGGAAUUGUCACAACAACUGGGGGUGGUCCUCGAAAGCACUCCUUUUUGUAUACCUCUUCUCAAGGCCAUGUAAGUUGCCCAUCUCUACUUGACUGUGGACAAAAGACAGCUGCUCCCGGGUCUGAAGCUGGCCUAGCUGGCCCAGCUGGCCCAGAGUCUGAAGAAAUGGCACAGGGGCAGUGCUCCCACCUUGUGCUGAGACAUGAGGUCUUGGCCCAGAGUCUGAAGAAAUGGCACAGGGGCAGUGCUCCCACCUUGUGCUGAGAGACAUGAGGUCUGUUCCUCAGCUUUGUCUCCCUUCCCUUCACUCAAGGGCCAUUCUCCAUUUUUCUGCUCAUAGGCCCCACAGGUGCUAUUUGUUGUGCUGGCCCAGGAGUGGGGCUGCCGAGCUGAGGCUUGGCAUACCGAAGGUCAGCUGCAUGUCAAUCAGUCUCGUCCCUUCCUCUGCAGUGAUUUGUUGGUUUUAAUGCUGGAUCAAACAGUGUUUUACUUUCCCAGACUAGUGACUGGGGACCUGACCCACAGCUCCCCAUCCUGCCAUCCUUUACCCCCUCCACCCUUGCUGCUCCCAUGUUAAAUCCUCCCUCUGUUGCAGGGAGCCUGGGGGAAAGGGAAAGAUGUUGCCAUAUUUCCUACACUUUAGGGCAUGGACUCCUUCCUUUCCCUUUGUUAAUGUCCUGGGUUCCCCGGACUCAGGGAUUUGUUGGUUCAGGUUUCUCUGCAUAUACAUAUAUAUAUAUAAAUAUAAAUAUAAAUAUAUACAUACAUAUAUAUAUUUAAAUACACACAUAUAUAUUGUACAGAAUAAAAAUGUUUUAUUGAAUACACUGUGCUUAUGCUUAAGAUACGGGCUCAGCUUCCAGAGCUAGAUUCCUCUUCAGGAUUAGAGACAAGUGAAACCCUAGCACCACUGAGCCCUGGAUGGAGAAAAGAGCCCAUCUGGUAUCAUUUACCAUUCUCCCUUUCCUGUCCCUCCCAUGCGAUCAGCGUUCCAGUAUUGUGACCUGGCUAUUCUGGCUUAUUUGCAUUGCUCUUGAGCAAGCAGAAUAGAAAGUGAAACCGCUGCCUUUUCAGCUGAGACAGGUAACCAGCCCGCACUUGAGGAGUUGGCCACUUGCUACGGUCACAGUGAUGAGGAGCCCACUUCUGUGCCAUGUCAGAGAUGUGGAGAUUAGCCUGUGAGCUACUUAAUGAAGAGUGGAAUUUAAGAGUCACGUUAAUCUGGCCCUCACGCUCUCCCUAGCAAUGCAGAAAAGCUCGAAGUGAGGUUUACAUAGCCUAAAUUGGCUUCUUGGAACCACCUGGCCACACCUUAGUCGUUUCUUCGUGUUUCUGUGUUCAGAGUACCUGAUGGUCAUGUUUUAUGGGACUGCGUUUUGAGCAGUGAUCCUUGCAAAAGAAAUUUAAUGAUAAAUGUGGCCCAAUGUCCAGCGAGGCAUUCUGUCUCCAGGGUAUUAAAGUAAAAGCUUCCUUAACUAUUCAAGCUUUGCUGCUUUUAAAAUUACCACCGGCUUGACUGGCUACUGUAAGUAGCCUGUGGUUGAAGAACUUCCUCCUGUGUCGGGGACUAAGAGUGGUUCGUUUCCGUCUGUACAGUUGCUGAUAAACGGCUAUGAGAAAAGCUUGUGUUCAGCAAAAAGGUACUAUAGCUUUCAACCAACACUGACCUUUGCAUGUCCGUCUGCUCGUACCUCCAUGGGCUUAUUGCCACUAUGCUGGGGCAGGGUUGGCAUUUCCAAGAAAAUAGGUGUGCUGCUUGUAUUGUUGUUACUGGUUACUCACUACUCCCGCCCAUCUUGGCCUCUUAUAAGUCCAGUGAAACUAAAGUUUCUACUCACAAUUUCUCUUUCCAAUCAAGCAAAGUGUUAAAAAUUUGUUUCACUUGAUCUGUACAGUACCCAAAGGAGAGUAUUGCUUCUUUAGGCUUUAAAAAACAAAAGAAAACAAACUUUUCACUGGAUUAAGAAAGGAAAUUUUAGAAAAUGAUCUCAGUAUUUAAUGAGAUAUCUUCAGGAACCACUGAGCUAUACCUUGCUACAUCAAUGGAAUGUUUAGGAGGAUAAAAAGAUGUGUAAGGCAGCCCCUCACCCCCAUCAGCUGUAUGUACAUUUUUACUGUUCCAGUUCUGGUAAUCAUCUAAAAUUGCUUACUUCAUAUGUUUCAUCCAAUGAAUAUCAAGUACCUAUUAUGUGCAAGAAUUCUUGCCUUCAGGAAACUAUAAAUCUAGCAGGGAAAGGGCCAUGGUACACAGCAUUCAACUACCUCAAAAGAGGAAGAUAGUUUUGAAGAGAGUUUCCUGCUAGACUCAGGGUUUUCAAAUGCUCCCCACUUUCUUCAAACUACAUACAGACCCCUAAUUUAUAAACAAGCUUUAAAAACAGUUGAUUUUUGUGUACAUAUGAGAGAUGGGAUGUGUACACCAUUCUUCCUACCCACUUCCCCCAACACACCACCUAAUUCAGCUCAUCUUCGGUUGGGUUCUCUGUGUGACUCAAGGUUUCCUAUAUCAAAAAAGCUGACUUCCCACAUAUAAGAACAGAGAUUAAGAAUACAGUACUGUAAGGGCACCUGGGUGGCUCAGUUGGCUGAGCGUCUGACUCUUGAUUUCGACUCAGGUCAUGAUACCAGGGUCGCGGGAUUGAGUCCUGCGACAGGCUCCGUGCUGAGCAUAAAGCCUGCUUAAGAUAUUCUCUCUCCCUCUAUCCCCCCACCUCUACCCUGCUCGCGCACUCUCUAAAACCAAGAAAAAGAAAAGAAAAUGGAACUAUCAGCAUGGACAAGUGCAGAAAGCUACGAUAAGCCCUAAGCUAAAUAUUCAAACAUCAAAAGGAAAGAGAUGAACAUGCCAGUGACCCUGAAAGCCAAGCACUACCUCACAUUUGUACUUUAGGGUUUAAGGAAAUGUCAUGGCCCUCUACAAACCUGGCUUGCCAUUGGCAUCUUCUAGAUCAGUAGUCCUCAAACACCCUGGAGAAUCUUUAGUAUACAGAUUCUGGGUCAGUAAGGGUGAAGGUGAGGCUGAGACAAUUUCUUAGAAGUUCCCUGAUAAUGCUGAUGCUCCUGCUCCUCAAAAUCACACUCAGACCAGCAAGAUAAUUUUUUUUUAAGAUUUUAGUUUUAAGUAAUCUCUACACCCAACACGGGCUCGAACUCACAACCCUGAGAUCAGGAGUCACCAGCUGAGCCACCUAGGUGCCCUAACUAGCAAGAUCCCAGAGAGGAUCUAGUUCUGAUCAUGACUUACCCGACCUAAACAGAGUUCCUGAACUAGUCCACGAACACUCUCAUUCUACGUUAGACCAAACACAAGAGAUAGAAGGACCAGUGGCUAAAAUUGUGGUCAUAAUAGGGUUUACUUGUAUGAAAUUCAGUAUUUAUUGAGUAGGUUCUGUGUAUAGAGCCCUGCCCUCAACUAGUUACCACUUUAGGGUUUCAGGCCUUUACCUCACGUUCUCAACCUCACAUUUGGUCAAAGCGUUAUCUAAACUGCCCCUGUCGCAGAGCUUGAGGAAAAAUCUUUUUAAAACGUUUUUUCUCCGUUACUUUUCUGUUCCAAUCUUUAAGCUACAGACUUUAAGUACCUUGUCUUUGAUUUCCAAUAAUCAGUAAGGUAUAUCAGUUUUACAGAUGAAAAAUAAAGUGCCUCUCGUGGGCUUCAAGGCCCACACAUUUUACCGACACUGCGUCCCUAAACUUUAAUGAUUAAAAACUCCGAGCAGUUGUAUCUCUGCAAGAUAAGUCAGUUUUUACAUCUCUGUCAGCAAUGGAAUUAGAAUCCAUGCCCGUGAAGAGAUGGGGGUCUUAACUCAGCAUCUAACUGGAUUAUUUUUCUUGUAUAAAAGUUACAGGUUUCCUUGAGAAGUAAACACGUUUCCAUCUCCUAGUUUACAGGUAAAAUAUUAAAACCCUGCAGCAAGCCUGAGGGCAGCACUAGUGUGUUAACGGCUUGAAAAAUGAUUCCAAUGUCUGCAUGCCCUCAGGCCUAGGGCGUUUAUUACUGGAGGCUGAAGGGCUCUUGGGAUUUCUUUUGCCCUGAGGAGAACUGGCAGGAACCACCUGUGAGUUUGAGGAGCGGGACUGCAUAAAGGAUUUCUGUAACUCCAAUGCAAAAUGAUAGUCCGUAUGUUCUGGCAUUUCCCAUACAGGCACCAGAGAGCCACACUUCUCACAGGGCACUUGGUCCUCAGCUGCCACAGGACUUGGGGUAGUAGUUGACUUCUGAGCCACCUCCGGAGCAGACUUGGAAGUUACAGAAGCAAGACUGCUGGGGCUAUUCUGGGCCAAAUCCAUCCCUGCAGGAGUUGUUUUAGAGGAUCCCACCUUCAAUACUGCUUGACAGAUGGGGGUGCAAUCUGGAUAUUCUGUUGGAAAAGAGUUUGUUAACUUUUUAGGGCUGGACUGGGGAUUUUGUGGAGGGAAGACGGCUGGAGGAUUAUUAAGCUGUUUCUGCUUUAGAAGUAGACUCUUCUGCUUAAAGAAGGGCUCGGUUCCUGUAGCAUGACUGGUUUGGAAAGGUAACGAGGGCUUGGAUGGUGAAUUGCUCGUGGGGGCCUGGGUAGUGGCAGUAAGAGAUGACACUGAAGCUUCUUUGACUUUCUGCUUUUCUGCGGCUUUUUGGAAGAAUGAUUCCAGAGAAGUGGCUGCUUUCUUAGUGGCUGUCCCUGCCAGGCCACAUUCCUGGGUCUUAGCUUCUGAACUGGUAGCUGGCACCUUUGGCAGAGAACUUGGGUCACUGCUCAAGAAGGUGGUGAUGUCUGUGCAAGAUGAAGGGGCAGAGGCAGAGAAUUUGGUAGCACAGAGGAAAAGCAUUGUGAGGGGAGGAGACCUGUAUAGAAAGUAAAGGAACAAGAUUAGCACCAGGUCACAGAUUCAGUUUGUAAGUGACUGGGAUUAUGGUUCUAGGAUUUAUGGUUCUUAAAUAUUAGGGUAUCAGAUUAAUACUGAUUCAGUAGACCUGGGAUAGGCACUCUUCACAAGUUCCUGGGUGAUGUGGAUAUUGCUGGCCUACGACCACAUCUUGAGAACUGCUGAUUUGGUGAACAUCCAACCAGGUCAGACAUAGAAACUGGAUCCUCUGACUGCUAGGUAUUCAUAAGGUAUGUCAUAACAUAUGUAAAAACAGCUAUAAUCCUGGGUUGAGGCAAGAAAUUUUAUUCAGGGCAAUAAAAAAGCUUUAGAGUAUUCAGACUGGAAAGUCUCUUGAAAAAAUCCUCUUAGCCAUUCCAUUCUGUUUUUAAAGAGGACACCAUCUAACCCUAAUUUUGACAGACUUUCAACUCAAAUUUCUAGAGCAUGAAAUCCCACAACUGGGAUUACCUAUCUUAGUCUCAGAAACAUUUCAAGAAAUUCCUGUCACAAAGUUACUCAUUUUGUUUACUCAAAUACAUUUUCACAUGAGUUGAAUUUCAGAAGAUAAAAUGUGCUUUUAUAAACAGAUUAAUCCCUCGACGAGGUAAGGAGUAAGUGCUGUUUUAAAAUUAUUAUAACAGUAUAUCACUAUCCUCUGGUUUCAUGCUCUGGACAGUCUUACAAUCGGAUCAUUUUGAUGCUUCCCUGUCAAUAGGUUUCACACUCCUGGUAAGUGUUAGAGUCUGUUAAUUUAUAAGGUUUCAUAUGAACAUAGUAUCAUAAUUUAUCAUUUGGUUCAGUGAAACUGUUCAAAAUUUGAAAAUAAACAUAUAUAUAAGGAAGUAUAAGUUAAAUCAUUCCAAAUAAAGAACAAAGGACUCCAGCUUUAGAGACCCCACCGUAUUGUAGGUCUGCACAAACAACAGUAGUAUCCACAUGUUUAGAUAAGCAAUAACUUAGGUGUUCAAUGAAACCUUUUUUUUUCUUUUCUUUCCUUUAUUAUUUUUUACAAUCUCUAGUAUAGAUCUAUAAGUAAACAACCAAUUUAUGUUUCCCACAAAAUUAUAUUUCCGUUGUGAAUUAGGAAUACUUUUCUCAAUGUAAUAGGCUAUGUUAAAUAAAUAAAUAGAGGAUCCCAAUACUGAAAAUCGUUAAUAUCUGAACAAUAAAUGAACACGUUCCAAUCA